AGAAGAAACCCAUAUUAGGUUUGAUUGAUGUAGGGCAGUGUUUAGUGUUUGUUUGGUGAUUUGGAUUUUGAGAAUACGAGAAGAAAACCCAUUAUGAAAGCACCAAAUUUGUACCCAAAAUUGCACCAGACUUGCACCGAAAAUUAUCACGCAUGCGGUGGCGGCGGCGGCGGCGUCGGCGGGCGGUAAACCCGUCUCCAGAACGCGUCAUGCUGUGCGCGAGAAGCUGCGGGGCAGCGGAUGGAUGGACUGGCGGCUGAUAGAGAUGGCGUCGACUCCGGCGGCGACAGCGACGGUCGACGGCAGAAACUCCGAUGAGAUUAGCCUCCAAACGUUGAAUUUGAUAUUACUGAGCUGAAAAAUCUGCUUUAAGAAAUAUUGGGCAACGAGUUCACUUCUGGAAGAAGAUAGCAGUGACUUUGCUUUUCCAGGCGCCAACGGGAUGUGAUUGAGCAUGUUGAAAAUGGAUGACUUGAGGGUUGGCUUGGUGGUUUGGAGUGAAACUAUAAGGACGCUAAACAACACAUUGCCCAUGUACUUGCUGCUUUUGAGGAUGAUUAUGCACUCUCCUGAUCUCCUGUAGUAGUAACAUUUGUGAACGCUUCUAAUCAGUGGGCAUGCAGGGGAGGUGAUUGCAGGAGUAGUGAAGAAACUACCAAAGAUAGAUCUUCAAAAGGAAGCUUGUUGUCAAUGAUGUCUAUCCCCUGUGUCUGAUUCUCAUACUGGUUGUAAAGACUCUAGGUUGGAGCAAAAGAAUGAUUUGUUUCAUCCUGCUCAGAGCAGAAGGAUUAACCUUCCAUUAUGGCUUUUAUGCAUUGUGAUGAGUAGAAUGAUCUGCGCAGUAGGAGCAGAUCAACCUUACACAUAGCUGCUCUUGUCUCGGGGCUCAAAGGAAUCAUGCUUCCCGUGGUUCAAAUAAAUGCCUCUGUUGCAAGGUACCAUGGUUCAUUUGUCUCUGAAUCCCUUGUGAAGGUGAGAGGAAAGGAAAAGAUUUCUACAAGGACUUUGUGGACACAUUCCACUCCUGUUGUUACAAAGAGGUUGGAAGAUGGUUACUCAAAGAAUUUUCAAGAACAGAACUCACUAGAUUCUAGGAAUGCAAGUGCACCUUUCAGUAUACCAGAGGACCGUGUGUGCAAAAUAGACAAGUUAAAAUUGCUUUUUGGUGACUGGUACUUCCUUGAUGCUUCUGGGCGUGAGCACGGGCCAUUUCAUUCUCUGAGCCGCUUUUAAUGGCAGGCCAAGCAUCAUCUGGAAACACAACAGUGUUUACAGAAAGAGAUAAAAUUUGGGAUUUCGUUAUGCUUCCUUUUGGGCCUUCAGGAAUGCAUCAACUUGGAUUUAAUUCAACCUGCUCUACUCCCCUUCGAGAAGCAACUGGUGCUUUAAUAAGUGAUAGGCGGAAUAUUGCCAGUGGUUUUCAUGGCCUACAUGCGCAGUUUAUUGCAUAUACCCCGGGAAAGCUUUAUGAAUUGGUGAUGAACUCCUACAAGACUCAGGAAUUUUCUGUUGAGGUGGAUGAAAUACUUGACCAUUGGAUCAAUGUUCGACAGCCUAAGAAAGAGGUUGAAAAACUCUUACAACUCGGAUCACCUCCACACCAGCAAAAAGGUUAGGAUGGAUGGGUUUGAUGAGAAGUAUAAGAUGCAUCAGAGUAUGAUUGCUAUUCAGAAUAAUGAACAAAAGGCAAUAGGUGAUGUGGAUUCUGAUGAAGAGUUGGGAAGGUGGAAUAUACUUGAUGGAAAUGUUCUGUCCCGGGUAUUUCAUUUCCUUGGAGAUGAUCUCAAGUUUAACUUACAAGCACCGGCAAUCUGCAUUAAAGGGUGCACUUGGUACCAAAUGCUUGGACUCUAUCAUCUUGAAAAUUAUGGAAAUUAUUAUGUCAUCCAACUUCCUUAUAUGUCCUCUUCACAUCCAAUAUUAUGCUCAGAGACAAGUCAUCUGCCCCCAUGGAUGCAGAAGAUUUUCAUAUUGAAGACAGUGGGAUCACUUUUAGAAUGUAUAAAACCAAUUCAGGGCAUGGAACUGGAGACUCUUACAGAAACUCUGCUACAACUUUGAACCUGAGGAGAGGGGUGGGUUGGGGGGAAAUGGGGUGCCUUUUGUAAACGUUCAUUGUUUGUUCUACAUGGGGGACUGUAAGUAUUAAAAAUUAUAUAUUUCAAUAUAUGUUAGAUGAUUAGAAUGAUCGUCUCACCUAAAAACUUAAGCUUAUAAGGAUAGGGCCAACCCCUCCCGUCUCACGUGCAAGGAGAUAUAUACAAGACUUGCACGUGGAUAUAUGCUGGAUGGAGAUGGUGGGAUUCAAAUUCGAGACUUAAGACUCUAAUACUAUGUUAGAUAAUUUGAAUGACCCGUCUCCCUUAAAGCUUAAGCUUAUAGGGAUAUGCAUCAUUAAUUUAUCUACAUAUGGAAGUCAAACAACAAUAUAUACGUAUAUAUAUAUAUAUAUUACUUCCUCCGUCCUGGAUAAAUUGUCAACGUUGCUGUAGAUACGAGAAUUUAGGUAAAACAUACUUAGUAAGUAAAUAAGAAGUGUAUUAGUAAAAGUAAUUAUGGUAUAAUAAAAAUAAUUAUAAAUUAAGAUUAAGAUAAAUAAAUAAUUUAACUAGAAUUAAGAAAAUUAUAAAUUAUGGAAUUUAGAAUGUGAUUAAAAUGUGUAAUUAUAUUUUCGAAAAAGAAAAAAACAAAUUAUGUAGAACGAACGAAAAAGGAAAAUAUAGACAAUUUAUGUAGGACGGAGGGAGUAUAUGCUAAAAGAGGCAGAAAAUGUAAUUGAAAUAGGCUGGCAGAGGCUACGAGUGGGAGUGUAGAACAGUAGAUAAAAUAAAAGACUGCCUGUGCUUGUCUUUUUAGUUUAAAGAAAACCCUAAUUAACCCUUAUAAAUAUGAAUGAAACGGCGCCUUGCGCUAGGGCAGAGGCAUCUGAGAUACAUUUUGCUGUAGCAUAUGCUGUAAAGGCUGCGCCAUUUGCGAUUUGCUCCAUGGUGUGUCAUUUAUCACAACAGUGAGAUCUUUCGGAAAGUGCAUCCAAAUCCUAAGUGCAAUUUAUACAACCAACCGUUCGAGUGCAUAUGGAUUCUGAAACCCAGAAACUCUUGCCACUGAAUUUUGAACCCAAGGAGAGGGUGGGUCGAGGAAAUAUGGAAGAUCACCUCCACACCAGCAAAAAGGCUAGGAUAGAUGGGUUUGAUGAAAAGUAUAAGAUGCAUCAGACUAUGAUUGCUAUUCAGAAUAAUGAACAAGAGACGAUAAGUGAUGUGGAUUCUGAUGAAGAGAUGGGAAGGUGGAAUUUACUUGAUGGAAAUGUUCUGUCCCGGGUAUUUCAUUUCCUUAGAGAUGAUCUCAAGUCAAUUUUUCGUGCUGCUUUAACUUGCAAGCACUGGCAAUCUGCAUUAAAGGGGUACCUAGAUAUCUCUAGAGAAGUGGACUUCUGCGCACUUGGUACGAAAUGCUCAGACUCUAUCAUCUUGAAAAUUAUGAGUGAUUACAAGAAAGAGGAGAUUACUUCCUUAAUUUCAAGUGGUACUGGAAUUACUGCUAGCGCACUCGAGGAAAUUAUUCUGUCAUCCCCUUCCUUAGCAUCGGUAGAUAUCAGAGGUUCCCAGCUUGAAGAUUUGGUUUGUAAGUUUACCAACAUUUAUGCAUCUGAUCAUGGAAUCGAAACAAGACUGUCCAAAUUAAAUAAACAGUCUUUGGGGUCAGGAAGUGAUGCUACUGAUGAUUGUGACAAAUCUUCUGAUGCAAGUAUGGCAGACAUCACAAGUACUGCAUUGCACAGUGAAAGUAACUCAAAGUCCCCAUUGGAAGGUGUUAUAAGUGAAACUAGAAAUGAGGCAGACUUUUCACCUGAGAGUGGACUUGAUUCUUUUCCUUGUAUGCGGGAAUGGGGUGCUUGUAUGACAAAGGAAAACGUUGUUCCUCCUGUCACCAGAAAGUAUGAAGUUAUUGAUCACUAUGUUAUUGUAGCAGAUGAGGAAGAAGUAAGAAGAAAAAUGCAGGUGUCUUUAUCAGAGAUUCAUAGUGAGAAGCUCAAUGUCCGAAGAAGUGGUGCUGUGGUGUCUGACAUGGAAAUUCCAGAGGCGGAGGCUUUCAAGCCCACAAAAUCCCUUGGUUAUGAGGUGAUCGAACAAGAAGUUUAUGGAAUAGAUCCAUGCACACGUAGUCUUUUUCUUGAUUCAAUGCCAAAGGACUCAGAUUUAUCACUACUUGACAAGCAUAUUUUCAUUGAAGAAGUGUUCCUUUGUACCCUCAACAAGCAUGCCAGAAUAUUUACUGGUACUGAAAACCCUCCAAUGACAUGUGAUUUGAAGUGUGUAUUUAAAAAGAUAUUAAAAACAGCAUUGAAAAAUGGUGAUCGAACAACCCUGCGACUCUGCCGAGGUGUCCUUACUGCAAUGGUUGAUCGUCCUAAGGAAAAAUAUGUUGCUUAUAGGAAGGGACUUGGGGUUAUUUGUAACAAAGAUGGUGGUUUUACUAAAGAUGAAUUUAUUGUGGAAUUACUUGGGGAGGUUUAUCCUACGUGGAAAUGGUUUGAGAAACAAGAUGGGAUUCGUGCUUUGCAAGGGAACAAUAAUGAUCCAGCACCUGAGUUCUACAACAUUUAUCUUGAGAGGCCCAAGGAUGAUGCAGAUGGGUAUGAUCUAGUUGUUGUUGAUGCAAUGCACAAAGCAAACUACGCAAGCCGGAUUUGUCACUCCUGUAGACCUAAUUGUGAAGCAAGGGUCACUGCUGUUGAUGGUCAAUACCAGAUUGGGAUUUAUUCUGUGAGGCCUAUUGCUUAUGGUGAAGAGAUCACCUUUGACUACAACUCUGUUACUGAGAGUAAUGACGAGUACGAAAAUUCAGUUUGUUUGUGUGGGACCAGUGAUUGCCGUGGUAGUUAUCUAAAUCUAACAGGGGAAGGGGCCUUUGAGCAGGUGCUGAAAAAGCGUCAUGGAUUACUUAAUCGAUGUUCAUUACUUCUGGAGGCUUGUAAAUUGAAUUCCGUAUCAAAAGAAGAUUUUACUGAACUGGGUAAAGCUGGACUUGGAUGUUGUUUGCUUGGUGGGUUGCCUGCCUGGCUGAUUGCAUAUUCAGCUCGUUUGGUGAGGUUCAUAAAAUUUGAGAGGAUGAAGCUCCCAGCUGAGAUUCUUAGGUAUAACAUCGAGGAAAAGAAGAGGUACUUUACUGAAAUAGACCUGGAAGCUGAGAAGAAAGAUGCUGAAAUUCAGGCAGAGGGUGUGUACAAUCAGAGGAUUCAGAAUUUGGCUAUUACCAUACACAAGGUUAAGUAUGUUAUGAGAUGUCUUUUCGAUGAUCCGAAGGAGGCACCUCCUCCACUUGAAAGACUCAGCCCAGAAGCAGUGGUUUCUCAUCUCUGGGAAGGAGAAGGAUCAUUCGUCGACGAACUGCUACGAAGCAUGGCACCUCGUGUGUCACGGAAGAGAUUGAAGAACCUGAAGACCAUGAUUCAUGCACGUGGGUCAUUUGGUCCUUAUUUACAAGAGACGAAGUUCCAGAACUCAUUAAAAUGGUUGAGGGAUGUGGUGCGGAAGUUGCGUUCUACGUAUGAAAGGCGGCACGAUGCUGCUGGUGACUUGAUACAUCUUUAUGCGCACACAAACUGUUUUCUCCGACUGAGGAAAUACGAGAAAGUAGUAUCUCCCCCCAUUCAUAUUACCUCACAAGACCUCAGCCCAAAGUAUGCUGCGAAAUUGGGUUCGGGUGUCCACGAAUACCGGAAGACAUAUAGCGAGUCCUACUGUAUAGGACAGCUAAUGUUUUGGUAUAUCCAAAAUCCUGACCCAGAUGUUCUACUGGCUGAAGCAAGCAGGGGGUGCCUGUCCUUACCCGUAGUCAGUUCUUUCUAUGCCAAAUCCAAGAAGCCAUCACAACAACUUGUCUACGGCCGAAGGGCAGUGAAGUGUAUGCUUUCUAUGAUGAAGAGACGACCCCAAAUGCCUUGGCCGGAGGACCGGAUAUGGUCAUUCAAGAGCUCCCUGGACAUUGUUGGCAGCCCAAUGCUGGACGCUGUGCUAGACAAGGCUCGCGUUAACAAACCCAUGCGUCGUUGGUUAAGGCGCAGAUCUAAGGUCUCCCGAGGAAGGUGGGGUAGUAGGAGGAUUUCAUCUUGAUCUCUUUGGCAAUUAGGAACCUGCGCCCUCGAUUACUUUCAAGGUUUUGCAAUUUCCCUUCAUUCUUGGGCUACAGAAGGGCUGUGGACUGUGGAGGAUGGCUGGUCUGGUGGGUACUUCCUUUCUUGAAAUAUAUUGAUCUUUUCUUUGAAACUAUCGGAAUCAAAUACAUGUUUUCAUAGUCUACAUGAAAAAUUAAUUUUUCAUUGCAAGUUGUAUUUAGUUAUCACUGUAGAAUUUGACAGCUCUGCACUCUUGGGACUAUGGUGUUUCUUUUGAAUUAUUACUAUUUGGAUUUCACAUUUCACA